AUGUUUGUGGUGCUAAUUUCUGCGUUGUUUUUUUUUUUUUUUUUUGCAAGAACUGAAUUGAGGCAGCUCGUGGCCUUCAGCGGGGCUGCCCUCCAUGUGGCCUCAGCAGAUAGACAAAUGUGCAAUGAACUCCGUGAGUCCCGCCGGGGUCGCCAGCUGUGCCUUAUCCCUUUGAAAGCGAUUUGGAUUUCCGUCUGCAAAAGUGUUGGGCGUGGGUCUCAGCUGCUUGGGUGCUCGGGCCAGCCAGGCUCCGUCCGGUACCGGUCCUCCUCACCGAGCAAGGGCGAGGACUUGCUGGGCUGGCAAGGAAAGGUGAUUCCUUUACUGUGA